GCGGGGCGGGCGAGUCGGGCUGCCGUGAGAGCGGGGCCUCCGGGACUCGGGUCUUUUGUCCGGGGCCUGGUCCCUGUCUCCCCAACGCGGUGCUCCCCGCUCGCUGGCCGGGCCGGGCGGGGGUGACGCGCUGCUGACCGGCGGGUGCGGCCGCGUCCCUGUGGCUCCCGGCCUCUUGCGGGUCGUUUCACGGAAAAACGGGAAAGGUGACAGUGUUUGAGGUCGCUUUGCUUUUUCUCCCGACGGCAGACUUUGUUCGCUGAAGCAUGAGGUCCCUUUCGAGACCGUCGCCUGGAGGACAGCUGUUUUCAUGACAGUGUUUUCACUCGCUGUUACCAUUUUGAGGUCAUUCGACUGGAGUUUUUACUGCUCCAAGGUCAACUUUUUCUCCGGAUUCCAGUUUUUAGGGCAAAGUUUACGUGAGAUGGAAGAUUUUCGAGGUAUAGCUGAUGAGUCAUUUCCAAGCUUUUUAACCAAUUCAUUACUUGGUGGUAAUAGUGAGAUUUUGGAAAAUGUCACUCUUUCUUCAAAUCUUGGCUUGCCUGUUGCUGUUUCAACGCUUGCUAGAAAUAGAUCCAGCACUGAUAACAGGAAUUCUGAUGUCCAGGCAUCUUAUUUAGUGGAAGGGAAGUAUUCAAUUCCAUCAGAGUCGUCUCCCAGUAGCCAGAGUGAAGCUGAACCAAGAGAGAGGCUACAGCUUGUCUUCCCGGAUGAUGAUUCUAUCUCUAAGAAAAAGAAUCAGACAGAAGGUCGACAUUUGUCAGGUGCUGUCCUCAAAGAGUCAGCUUUUCAAAGUGAUAGAGAAAGAACGGAAGAGGAGCACGUUAGAGCUGCAAAACCCUUUCAGAGCCAAGAUCCUUCUGAUGGGAUUUCACCGCUGGAGCAGGAGCGAGACUUGCCUAUUGAUUCUUGUUCACGAUCCUGGAUGAAUAAGGAGAACAAGGUUGUUGUUCCUGGUGCUGGAAAACAUUUUGAAGAGAGGAAUCCAAACAAUGACUUAAGCCAUACUAGUUUCCUAGAAAAUGAGAAACUGAUGUCACCUGCCAGCUGGGAAAAUUCUUCUGAUGAUGAUAUCGAUGAUGAAGAGUUUUAUGAUGAUCAUUUGGAGGCUUAUUUUGAGCAACUGGCAAUUCCAGGAAUGAUGUAUGAAGGCCUAGAAGGACAGGAAUCUCCAGAAAAUUAUUUUAAGUUACCUGCAAGUGAUCCUAGUCAGGAACGCGGAAGAGAAGAAGGUCUGGUGAAGACUCUGAGGGCUGCUAAUGCGAAACUUAACCCUGUUUACUUUCACGACACAAAUGCCAGUAAAGGUGAUUUUGGCUUGAUAGACCCUUUAAAGCUGGAUGCAGGAUCUCCUCAUCAAAAUAAGCAUUUGACAUCAGACUCAGAAACAGUUUUGCCUGUGGAUAGAUUUUUAGACACUGAGAUGCCUCAAGUGUCCAUUCAAAAAAAUGUGGACGUAGCAUCUUUGAAGUCUGUUAGUGACAAUGCAUUUAAUUCCGCUGAUGCUCUGUGGUCACCCACUAGUGAAAGGCGAACGUGUGAAUGUUAUGAGUCCGUUGGAAAGAGCAAGGACCAAACGGAUCUGUCACAGAGUGUGGUGUAUCAGAACGAGGAGGGCAGAUGGGUCACUGAUCUUGCCUAUUACACAGCUUUUGAUAAAGAACAAGAUGUAAAUGUGUCUCUAAGUGAUGAGAUGAAUGAAGGCUUCAGAUCUGGCUCUGAUGCAUUGGAUUUGAUUGCACAAGAUGAAGAAGAAUUUAAUAAAGAGCAUCAGUUUAUGCAGGAAGAAAAUAUAGAUGCCCAGAACACUUCAGCUGCCCUAGGGGAUACAUCGUGGGGAACUUCAGUCAAUUAUGGUCUGUUGAGGAGAUCACUUAGCACAUCAGAUUUGGACAAAGACGAUGCCACUUAUUUACGUCUGUCUUUAGGAGAGUUCUUUGCUCAAAGGUCUGAAGCUCUCGGUUGCCUUGGUGGUGGUUACAAUGUGAGAAGACCAUCAUUUGGUUAUUUUAUUAGAUCACCAGAGAAGAGAGAACCUAUUGCUCUAAUAAGAAAAUCAGAUGUAUCAAGAAGUAAUUUGGAAAAAGAAAUGGCUCAUCUUAACCAUGGUCUAUUUUCAGGAGAUUUAAAGGCACAGCUAAGUGAAGGAUCAGUUACACUUCAGGCUGAAGAACUGGAGAGUAUUUCACAAGUGGAUGAAAAUGAUGUGACAUUAACUGCCAAUAAAGGGAAAACAGAGGACACUUUCCUCAUCAACAGCAAACCCCAGAGACGCACAGGCGAACUGCCUAGCAGUGGUGAUUCUGUGCUGAGGAUAAGCACCAUUGCUUCCGCCAUCGCAGAUGCAUCAGUGAACACUGACCCCUCCCAGCUUGCCGCCAUGAUCAAGGCACUUUCAAAUAAAACCCGAGAGAAGACUUCUCAGGACGAUGGUAAACAAAAGCACUGUUCGGCUGUGUCUCAUUUCUUACCUAAUGAGCUGGAAAAAAGUAAUGGAUCCAGCGCAUUUGAUAUGGAAAAAUACCUUAAAAAAACAGAAAUUAGUAGAUAUGAAAGUGGAUUGGACAACUUUUCAAGAGCUGGUGUGUCUGAUAUUUGGGAUUUAUCUUUGUCCAAAGAACGGACUACACAUGACAUCCAUGCAGUGGACCUGGGUGCUACUAGCAUAAGUGUAAGGGAGCCAGAAGAAGACACAGCAGCUGGUUUUUAUGGUGAAAGUGGAGAGAGCAUGGACCAGGCAUCACUGAGAACGAUAAACUCUUCAAAUUCAGUUCUUACAAAUACGGGAGAGAGACAGGGUGCAGGGGUUGAUGUGAAGACACAUUCCAUUGACCAUAAAUCACCAGAUUCCGGUGACGGUGAAAAAGCUGCCUCCGUAUCCAUUCCAGCCCUUGAUAGCUCAUUAGUCAGGAACCCCAGGGGAGCAUCCCUCUGGCUGUCAGAAGAGCAUGAAGACACACAGAAUAGUAGAGAAUAUCAGAGGCAAAAUGAGUAUGUUAGUGAGACAAGUAACAGUGAAAAGCAUGUGACUUUUGAAAACCAUUCCAUAAUCUCACCUAAAAGUGUUGAUUUGAAAAAUCCCUCUCCUGAGUGUGGUGGACAUGGCUCGGAGGACGACCAGGAUAGCUUCAGACCUUCCACUUCUCCACUGAGUCAUUCUUCUCCUAGUGAGAUUUCUGGAAAUAAUUUAUCAGGGUGUGCCCUGGAGUCUUUCAAUUCAGCAGCUCAUCUGCAGAAGCACCCCUGUGAGAGGGAGUCAUCCCAGCUGACAUGUCCACAGGCCAGCAUCAGCAGGCUGACUUACAUGUCUGAACAAGAGAGCACCUGUCCCGCCACGGCCUCAGAUCGUGGCCUUAAGGACCACCAGAGUGAUGUCACCAGUGCGUUGAGCACCACAAUUAUUCAGGCCAGUCCAGUUCCGUCUCAGGAGCGGGCUCCGGAUAAGUUGCGAGAAAAAAGUCCAUUUCAAAGUAGAGGAAAAGGAGCGUUACCGUAUAUUAUCCAGAAGAACUUGGACACAGAAAAAGAAACUGAAACUACUUCUCAGAGUAGCGAACUUGAAGAUGUAAAACCGAACUUUAGAUCUAGAAGAGAGCUUUCCUCCAAAAGUGAAGAUCUGUCAGAAACCACUGUGGCAGGUGUGACCUCAGAUCCCAGUGAACUGGACCAGAUCAGCCUGGCUCUGCCAAGGGAGUUGGGCCUCGGCCAGUGGGCCCUGCCGGCCACGCCGCGCCUCCCCGUGUCCCGCCAGGGGCCUGUGCCCGACAGUGGACGCGUGACUCCUGUAGACACGUCUGCUGCCGACAGUGCGUUCGUUGGCCAGGGCCCUCCCCAGACCUCCUUCCCCAGCACCGAGGGCUGCGGCCCUGCUCCCUCAAGGCAGCACGUGCCCACCUCGGGCCCCGCGCUCUCAGCACGCCGUCCCCUCCCCAUGGCUCCCUGUGCCCAGCUGAGCUCAGGAGCACUGCCUCGGUGCCAGGCCGGCGGUGCCACAGCCUGCGGGCUCCCGGGAAGCUGUCAUCCUGCUGUCGUCACAGGAGAGCACGUCCAGAACUCUGUGGCCAUGGGCCUUUGUCUAGGACAGAACAUCAGCUCGGGGCUGAUGGCUGCCUCUUCCCUUUGUAACCCGUAUUCUAACGCCUUCAAUCAGAGUCUUCUAAGUACAGCCAAACCUUUUUCUGUGCAGUCUCUUGGUCCAAACUGUGGAAUUGAUCCGUGGGAUUCAGGAGUGACGUCAGGAUUUGGGAAAGUAAGAGUGCCUGAGGAAUUGAAGUUUCCUCAUGCUUGCUGUAUCGGCAUCGCAUCACAAACCUACCUUAGUGUCCUGAAUCCCGCCGACCGCUGGCUGCAGGUCAGCAUCGGGGUCCUCAGUGUUAGUGUCAACGGUGAAAAGGUGGAUCUUUCAGCUUAUCCUUGUUUAGUUUUCAAGAAUAAAGUCAUCAUAAGACCUCAUGCCACAGAAGAGAUAAAAGUGCUCUUCAUACCGUCUGAUCCUGGGAUUUUCCGAUGUAUAUUCAGCAUUGCUUCUUGGCCGUUUUCAGCUGACGCAGAGACAGUGGCACAGGCAGAAGCACUGGCAAGCAGGGUUGUCCUCACCGCCAUUGCCGAGACCCCCGUGAUCGAGGUAGAAACAGAAAAGAAAGAUGUUCUUGAUUUUGGUGACUUGACUUACGGAAGCUGGAAAGCUCUGCCUUUAAAGCUGGUAAACAAGACGCACGCCAACAUCCCAAUUAGACUUAUUAUUAAUGCUAACGCCAUAGCCUGGCGCUGCUUCACCUUUUCAAAGGAACCCAUCCACGCAGCUCUGAAAGCUGUUCCUUAUGCCCAUGCGAUUGCUCAGCUGGCCGCCCCCUCGGUGAUCAACCAUAUGAUGCCUGCCAGCGAUGAUGGACAGGAUCCAGAAUUUCUGAUAAUUUGGGUUCUUUUCCAUAGUCCAAAGAAACGGAUGACUUCUUCAGAGAUUCUAGACUCAGCAGAAGAAUUCUUGGCAAGAGUUGAUAUAGAAGUUGAUAGUCCAAACCCUACACCAGUCAUUAAAAGUAUCAGUCUUCGAGCAAGAACAGGAAUAGCCAGGAUACACGCUCCGAAAGACCUACAGACUAUGCACUUGUUUGCCAGCGUGGCUUCCUCAACAAGGCAGUACUUACCUUUGAAAAAUGCUGGGAAUAUUGAUGUCCACUUGGACAUCAAGAUCCCAGAUCAAGGAAGUCACUUUUCAGUGGAUCCAGAGAAACUAUUCCUUAAACCUGGAGAAGAGCACGAAGUUAUAGUUUCAUUUUCUCCAAAGGAUCCCAAAGCCUGUGAGGAAAGGAUCUUGAAAAUAUUUGUGCAGUCGUUUGGCCCUCAGUAUGAAGUGAUGUUAAAAGGUGAAGUAGUUUCUUCAGGAAACAAGCCUCUGAUGCCUGCAUCUUGCUGCUCAGAUAUUCCUUCGAUUUUAUCCAACAAGCAGUUUCUGGCGUGGGGAGGUGUCCCCCUGGGCAGGACACAGCUUCAGAAACUAGCUUUAAGAAAUAAUUCUACAUCUUCAGCCCAACAUUUACGACUGCUCAUUAGGGGACAAGACCAGGACUGCUUUCAGUUUCAGCACACUUUUGGUUCAGAAGAGCGAUUGACCAGUAACUGUGAGGUCAGGAUUCAUCCAAAAGAAGACAUUUACAUCUCUGUGUUAUUUGCACCUACUCGAUUAUCUUGUAUGUUGGCCAAACUAGAAAUUAAGCAACUUGGAAUUCGAUCACAACCAGGCUUUAAGUUCACGAUACCUUUGUCUGGUUAUGGAGGCACAAGUAACCUGAUUUUGGAAGAUGUUAAAAAGUUGUCUGACAGUUACAUGGUAACAGUGAAUGACUUAGUGCCUGGCAAAGAAAGUAGAAUUGUUUUUUCUGUUCGUAACACUGGCUCUCGAGCAGCUUUUGUUAAAGCUGUAGGUUUUAAGGAUUCUCAGAAAAAAGUUUUGCUGAAUCCUCGAGUAUUAAGGAUUUUUCCAGACAAAUUUGUGCUCAAGGAAAGAACACAAGAAGAUGUUACUAUAAUAUAUAAUCCAUCAGACAGAGAAAACAAUUGUAAAAACACCACAGAACUGUCAACUAUAUACUUUUUUGGUGGAGAUGAAAUUUCAAGACAGCAGUACCGAAGAGCCAUGCUGCACACACCAGGGGUGAGAGAGCAGGUCCUUCCCACCCAGAGCAUGCUGCAGAACAUCAACUUCACGGAAGCAUUUCAGGACGAGCUGCUCGUGACUGAAGUAUAUGACCUUCCCCAGCGGCCCAAUGACGUCCAGCUCUUUUAUGGAAACAUGCGUAAAAUUAUACUUUCAGUAAUUGGAGAAUUUAGAGAUUCUGUUUCUAACAGAGAGUUUCUUCCACCUUCUUCCAGACCUAGCUUGGAAUCUAAAAGUGAAUCUGGCAGUUGUGGGACACAUGGUGGUAACAUUUCUUUGGAUGUUUUACCAGUGAAAGGUCCUCAGGGGUCUCCACUUCUUUCACAAGCUGUUCGCCCACCUCAAGAUAAAUCGGCCUCGGAAGAAGUGUGGGCUGUCCAGCCUGAACGCUUGAUUUUAGUCGCCCCUUCUUGUGAUAUGGCAAAAACUGGACGUUUCCAGAUUUUAAACAAUUCUGUUAGGUUACUGAAAUUUGAGCUGUACUGGCCAGCACAUUGUCUUACAGUGACACCACAACAUGGGUUUAUCGCACCAGAGAGCAAGCUACAAAUUCUUGUGAGUCCUAAUUCCUCCUUAUCCACAAAACAUUCAGUGUUCCCGUGGAGUGGCUUGAUCUAUAUACACUGUGACAAUGGACAGAAGAAAAUUGUGAAGGUUCAAAUUCGAGAAGAUUUGACCCAAGAAGAACUUUUCACUUGUUUGACCUCCAGCCCAUUUGGAAUCCUUUCUCCAGAAACAGAGCCUUCAGUUAAUCAUCUGGUAAAACCAGUGACAAAACCACCUUCCACAAGAGUUGAGAUAAGAAAUAAGACUGUUACUUUUCCUACAACAGAACCUGGUGAGACUUCAGGAAGUUACCUGGAACUUGAGAAUCACGGUGACACGGAAGUGAGGUGGCACCUGUCAUCCUUAGCCCCACCUUACGUCAAGGGAGUUGAUGAAAGUGGAGAUGUUUUUAGAGCUACCUAUGCAGCAUUCAGAUGUUCUCCUAUUUCUGGUGUACUGGAAAGCCAUGGAGUCCAAAAGGUCUCCAUCACGUUUUUGCCCAGAGAUAGAGGGGACUAUGCCCAGUUUUGGGAUGUUGAGUGUCAUCCUCUUAAAGAGCCUCACCUGAAGCACACCUUGAGAUUCCAGCUCUCUGGACACAGUGUCAAAGCAGAACAUGAGCUUGAAAAUUCACGCAUUUCCAGAAAUAGCCUCAUUAAAAUAGAUAAUUUACUUAAGCCCCGAAGACAAGCUGUAUCAGAGGCUUCUGCUCUCAUACCUGGGCAGCUUGACCUGACCCACCGUGGAGUUUAUGCCCCAGAAGAUGUGUAUCGGUUUCUGCCAACGAGAGUUGGGGAGUCAAGGACGUUGAAAGUAAAUUUGCGAAAUAAUUCUUUUAUUACACACUUGCUCAAGUUUUUAAGUCCCAGAGAGCCUUUCUACGUCAAACAUUCAAAAUAUUCUUUGAGAGCCCAGCACUACAUCAACAUGCCUGUGCAGUUCAAGCCCAGGUCCGUGGGCAAGUUUGAAGCUUUGCUCGUUGUUCAAACCGACGAAGGCAAGAGUGUCGCCGUCCGACUCAUUGGUGAAGCUCUUGGGAAAAGUUAACUAGAGUCCACUUUGUGUAAACUAAUUGCCCAGAGUAGAAAGGAAAGCUUCCUUUCAAAGAAAUUGUCUUUCUCCGGAGUGGGGCAGGCUCCACGUUCUGUGCAGACACACUGGAGAGGUUGAUGGUAUAUUUUAAGAGAGCGUUUAUUGAAAUUAAAGCUGGACGGGACAACUCCAGAAUCCGGUGUAGAAGGGCACUGCCGUCAGAUUUUAAAUUUCAUGCCCAGGGAAAGAUCUGGGACAGGGGAUCCUGUACGUCUUUAACUGCGCCCUGAGCCCACUGAGCACUGGGCCAUGUCCCCGUCUCCAACCCCCGUGGACGCUCGUGCAGAUGGGAGGGGUGCGGCAGGGACGCCCCGCGGGGGCAGGCACGACCUCGGAGCAGCACGGGCUGUGACACGAGGUGAGGAGAGGCCAGUGGUGAGAGUGCGGCUGGAAACGCAAUCCUCCCAGGGGUGUUACAACCGUUACUUCUCCUGCACCCGGUGCUGACCCCAGAAGAUGCACGGACGCAUGUGGAGGUGAUUGUGUGUUCGCUCCAUGAGCGAGGCUGACCCAGGCCCGGGUCCACUGUUGUGCUGACUUGCCCUCAGGUCGGUGGGAAGCCUGACGCUGCUCGCUUGAGGAGGUUCUCCCUGCGUUUGGGAUGACCCACAAAAUCGCUGUUCUGUGGGGUCGGCCUGAGGAAAUGCCACCUUGUGGACUUGGCUGCAUGUGAGACUUGCUCCCUGAGAGCUGUGAGGCCAGCAGGCACAACGCAGACCCCGCCACGCCAGAUGCCAGGGCGCCACCCACAGCCGCCACCAUUACCCUUGUGCUUUUGGGCGCAAGGGCAACUCUGCGUCAGCUUCUCUGGAGCCAUCUUCCUAAACUCAGGGGAGGCCUGUGUGCCACCGGAGCCGGGCCAGCUCGAAUCCUCCUCCUUGGCCUGGUCCCCCCUCCCUUGUGCUUCCACAGGCCUGUCCUUCGUCGAGGGGGGGGGCACCUUCCCUACCUGCCUUCCAGGUGCUCGGGGAAGGUGCCCAUCCGACUGAUGGGCACCUGUGCCGAAGGCGGUUCACCUCUGAAGCCUCAGUGGGUAAAGUACGGGGUGGUGGGGGGGAGGGCUCAUGUUUUGAACAAAUGGAUGCAUCCACUGAGCUGCUGUGUCUAAGUAUUUCCAUGGAAAUAUCAAGAGCAUAUGGAUAAUAUACUGUCUUACAAAUGGAUGACAGGUUGCUUCACACAGUAAUGUUUUUAUGUCUCAAGUCAAAAGCAGGUCGUGUGAAUGGAGAAACGCUGGAAGGUCUGGUCAGGAGCAGGCCGGGACUGCUCAGCCCAUGGCUGUAUGAGGCACGGCCCUGGGGGCUGCCCAGCGGCCAGUGAGGUAGACAGGGAGGAGGUGAAACGCACAGGACAGUGAUGUAAUUGUCAACCUGGGAUUCCGAGAGGGUUUCCUUUAAAGAUCAUAAAAAAAAUUCGGUAAUGUGACUGGAUUACAUAACUGAUACACAAAAAUCAACAGUUUUUCUAUACAAGAAAAUAGUAAUGGAAAAAAUAAAACCCCUAUGAAUAAACGUAUAAAGAAAUGUGUAAAAUUUACGUGAAGAAAACUUUAAAAUCUCACUGGAGGAUACAGCAGGCUUGGGCAGGGGGUAACUUGUGCCCACAUUGCUGCCGGGUGCUCCUCUGUAGCAUGAAUACCCCUUGAGAUCCUAACGACAGGACUGCAAGUAGCCGGGUGAGACUGGCAUGUGCAGGAUGGAUCCGAAAGCCUCAAAUACAUACAAAAAUUCAGUGCAAGGUAAAAGUGGCACCUCAGUGGGGAAAAGAUGGGUUAUCCCAGAUUAGCUUCCAGGUGAAUCAUAGGUUAACAAUGAAAGUAUAAAAGUCCCAGGAGAAAAUAUGGAAAACAAUUUCAGUUAUUAAUUUUUCAUUUUGGAAUAAAAACUGGCAGUCAUAUAAGGAAGAGAUCAACUCAACCAUGUACAACUUAAAAUUUUCUGGGUGGAAAAAGCAUAACCAAAAUCAAAAGACAAAUGACAAACUGGGAGUCUUAAGUUAAUGGACACAUUGGCCAUUUCAGUCUUUUUCUGCUGCAAACAGUGACACUAAAACUCUCCAUCUGCAGCUGUCACUUCACGGAUUUCCAAGGACACCUGUCGGGUAAAGCACUGCAGCAUGGACAGCGGGUGGAAGGCAGGGCAGGGGCAGUAUAAUUUGAGUGGACAUUGCUGACUUGUCUCCUGCCUGUUUUUCUACAUCCUUGCCAAAACAAUGAUAGCAAACUUUAAUUUUUCCUACUCUAGUUAGUGAGUAAUUGCGGCUGGUCUGAUGUGCGCUGGCUCUGACUCUGGGGACAGAGCCCACCUAAGCAGGCACAACGGGCGGCUGCCAGGAGCCACCCUUCCCCCGCUGCUUUUGGGAGCCUCCAGCAAAGAGGGUGGACCUGCCCAAGGCCGCUUUCUCGGCGUCCCCUGCAGCUGAGCCCUGAGGAGACACCUGUGGAGGGGGACCCACCUUCCUGUGGACACCAAACGUGGACGGCAGAUGGCUCUGGGAGUGGCAGGCAGAGGGUGACGCCCGGGCCCCCUGGGCUCUGUCCUCACGACCCUGCCCCGAGGCGGGAGGAGACCUGCCUUCCACUGGACUGUCUCUACUUCCCACCAGGUUCAACUAUUAACUAUUUUUGUAAUAAAAAAUGUUUUAAAGAGGUAAACAUAACAAAGGAAUUGUUUUAAUAAGAGAUUUAAAAAUCCGAACAUCACUUUUUCUGCCAAUAUUCAGUAAACUUAAUGGAAUGUGUCACUUAUUAAUUAGGGUAUUGACAGUAGUCUUUCUCCAAAGGUUUUGAAAUGACACCUCGCAGUAAAGUUCUACCUUUCCUUCUGAAGAAGCUCGGGCGUGGAGACCCUCGAGGUCCUUACAGGUGUUGCAGCCUCAGCAGAUGCUCCUCCUUGGCUUUGCUGUGAUGUGUGUUUCAGUUUGGUGUCCAGGAAGCAGGGCCGGUCCCCCAGGGAGCCUUUGUGGGGGAGAUGCCAGCGGGUCUGAGGUCUGAAGGUUUCCCGUCAGCCUCACCUGUAGGGCUGCCGCCCGUGCCUGCCCUGCCUCUGGAGGAGGAGGGUUAACCAGCCCUGUGCCUUCUGUUCACUUGGGGUCACUCCGUCCCACUACAAGUUUGCUUUCCCCUUUGUUAUUUAAUGUCGAUGUUAAAGCCACUAAGAGCGUUGCCUGUUUCUACACUGAAGUCACUGGACAUGAAGAGAGCCCAUUUUUAUAUUUUAUAUAAAAUAUAUAACAUAAAUACGUAUUUCUGUAUUUUAUAGGUUUAUUUAAGUAUAUUUUUGAAUUUCUAUGUAUGCACAUACAUAUGAGGAUAAAGCAAAUAGAUUGAGGUUGUUAGCCUCCAAGGUUUUUCGUAGAAGACAAAUGUGAUGUUAUAAUUCAAAGGUAAGUCAAGAUAUUAAGUAAAGUCCCUUUGAAGUUAAAUUUAAAUCAGAAGCAUUAGCUUGCACUCAUGAUUUUUUAAAAAUCUGUAUUUCCAGCCUUGUCCACUGAAAAUGCCCAAAGCAGUCUUAGCUCAUUGGCAGUAGCGCCCCUGGAAAGAGACAUGGGACACGUGUGUUGUGGCCACACGCCUACAGUUGAGAAUCAAUCAACUGGAGUUCUCAUUUGCCAGCAACAGGACUCCACACCGCACUCAACACAGGGGGGCUUUGUUGGUGCGUGUUCUCGAUGGCGGAGCCAGAACUAGGCUUGGACACAGAUGGGGGGCCUGGGCACAGGGAACACAGCUGGGGCCCAGCAGACCUGCCCCUUCUGUGAUGAACUGGACAUCCAGUUGUGUCCACUUCCUUAAACCCGCAUGUAAGCCCCAUGGGAGCAUCUGAUUUGCCUCACCUGGGGUAAGUGUUGUCCCCAUGGUGAAUGGGGUGGGAGGGGAAGAUCUCCAGCAGCAGGUGUGAUGAAAGAAUAUCCAAAAAGGAGAUGGGGCUGCAGGUAGGAAGGCACACAGAUGACCACUAAAAAUGUAAUUUCAUCAAGGUUCUGCUUAGAAAAGAAACAACCAAAAAUUGAAGGUGAACAUAACUUAAGACCCAGCAAUCCCAUUCUAAAUGUCUAUAUACUGAGUGUCUAAACACUAAGAAGUCUCCCACCUGUGUGCAAAGAGACGUUAGCAAGGAUGUUGAUUGUAGUAAUGGAGUAAGAGUGGAAAAAAGAGGGAACUUAAAUGUCAUCAAGAAGAAUGUGAUCUAUUCACAUAGUGAAAUACUAUUACCAGUUAAAUGAACUAAAACGAUGUGUCAACUUGAAUAAAUUUUGACUGUGUAAAUGAGUGAAAAGGUCAAAUGUACACUAUGGUAGCAUUUAUAUAAAGUUUAGAAACAUACAAAGCCGUAUAAGCAUGUAUAUAUUUUCAGAAUAUGUUUAUAUGCAGCAUAGGUAUAAAAACCUGGAUGGAGAGGAACGGACCGAUGUCCAGAGACAGUUCUCCGAACUUCUACACGUCAGCACGUCUUGCAGGCGAGGCCCUGCCUGCCUUGUGUUCUGCACUAUCUUUAGAAGGAUGUUCGUGUAGGUAACAGACUUGGGAGACAGAGAUGUGUCUCCUUCAGCUCCUCUCCUGUAACACCGCCCGCUGUGCUGGCAGGUGCCAUCUGGCCCUCUUGGCAUGGCCCUGUGAGAAUUGGGGCUCAGAAUAUUGGUGCAAAAAUGCUAAUACUGCUAUUGCUGUGGGUAAUGAAUGGUCCCUUGUCUCUGACCCUGGAGUUGCAUGCCUUCUGCCAGCAUCCAAGACACUGUAACAGGCGAUAUUAUCAGCUUACAAAUGGGGGAAAUUUUCGGAUUCUUCAUAACUCUUGACAAUUACCUUCAGGCUAAGCGUUGUCUCUAGGAAGGGAGGAAGGGGCCUCGAAUAAGAGAGGGGUCAAAGGGAGGCUGUACAUUUCAUUUCUCAAGAAAAAGCUCUGAAACAAACAUGGCCAUGUGAUAGUAUAUAUGCCCUUAUUAUAUUCU